AUGACACGCUGCUCAAGGAACAUCUCUCUUGGUUCACCACCGAGCCUGUAUCGUCUACUGACCACUUCCUUGCGCUAUCGUCCUUGGAAACCCGCACGCUCUCUUAUCACACUGAGUCUUAUCUCUUCGUACUCUUCAACGACAACACCACAAUCUGCUCCUUGUAACUUCGAAUACAACUGGAUCGACGGCGCCGAGACACUGGAAAGAUACACACCCGGGGGCUACCACCCGAUCAUGGUCGGCGACCUCCUCCACAACAGGUACAAGAUCGUGGACAAGCUAGGCUUCGGCGGCUACUCCACUGUCUGGCUUGCACACGACACCCAACUGGGGCGCUACGUUGCGCUGAAAGUCGGAAUAGCAGAUUCAAUCUCACACGAACCCCAUGUCCUCCGUGCUCUCUCAGCGCCAGCACCAGCACCAGCACCACCGCACCCAGGCCAUAAAUCAGUCCCCCAGCUCCUCGACGAAUUCGAGCUCACCGGCCCCAAUGGAACCCACCGGUGCUAUACAACGGCGCCCGCACGCUGCAACCUCAGAGAAGUGUCCUUCAGUCGGCUAUUUCCCCUCGACGUGGCGCGCGCGCUAGCAGGGUGCCUCACGAUAGCGAUUGCGUACAUGCAUUCACGAGGCUACGCUCAUGGAGAUAUCCACCUCCGCAACAUCCUACUCGAGCUUCCAUCCAGCUUCGAUCAUCUCACUAUCGACCAGUUCUACGAGAGAUACGGAGAGCCAGAGACAGAGCCCAUCACCCAUCGCGACGGGACGCCCCUUCCGCCCAACAUCCCACCCAAAGCCGUGUUGCCGCUUUAUCUCGGCAAGAAGGCCGAAGAAUUCGUACUGACUGAUGCGCACGUCCUUUUAAGUGACUUCGGUGAGGCCUUCGCUCCAGCCAAGGAAACUCGCCUGGGCGAGGACUGCCACACGCCGCUUGCGAGUCGGCCUCCUGAGGCCCGGUUCGAGCCAUCCGCUCCCUUAUCUUACGCGGCGGAUAUUUGGAGCUUGGGGACUGCCAUCUGGGAGAUUCUGGGCAUGAGAGCCGUAUUUAGUAGCGAGUUUGCUACGGCGGAUGAGGUUGUAUGUCCGCAGGUUGAUGUGCUAGGGCCUAUGCCUGCGAAAUGGUGGGAGCGCUGGGACGAGCGGGGGCGGUUCUUCGAUGAGGAUAGUGGGCGGCCUAAGGCUGGGCGAGAGGUGUGGCCGCCGCUUGAGCGGGCGUUUGAGGAGGAUGUGCAGAAGUAUCGGCGGAAGCGUCAGAUGGGUGAGUUUGGUAUGGAGGAGACGGCUGCGAUUUUGGAUCUGAUGCGGCGGAUGUUGGCGUUCCGGCCUAAGGAACGGCCUACGGCGGAUGAGGUUCUACGGUCGGUGUGGAUGGUUAGGUGGGUUUUACCUGAUUUGAAUCGGUGUCUGUAG